CUACAACCAAUCCCUUUCUACUUCCUGUGUGAAAGGUCGCAAAGAAGAUGGCGCCGUCUAAAACGAAACAUGCCAACCAGGCUUGUGUUAUUCCAGGAGGAUUUACGGUGCUUUCUCUACAGUUCAGUACUGACAGUGUUGCCCAGCACAAAAUGUGUGUAAAAGAGCACCGGGUGCGAGCAGAGAAAAUCACACAAAGACCCCUCGACAGAACACUGUUUGUCCUUAACAUUCCCCCAUAUUGCUCUGAGGGUAUCAUAAAGGAGCUCUUCUCUCAGUUUGGUCCUGUUCAGUCAGUGGAGCUGAGGGAGAAGCCAGGGUCCUUUGAGCACUCAGGACCCAAGCUGGCCAAGUAUUUCACACCAGCACAAAAACAGGGGUUCAGAGUGGGUUACAUCGUGUUUCAGAAGGCUAUCAGUAUUACAGCAGUGAAGUCCCAUCCCCAUGAUGUCCCAUUAGUUGUUUCCACAGAGCAGCGACCUGUGUGGACAGGUCUACAGAAAUGGAUUAAUCAGUACAAGCAGUCAUUUGCUCAGCCAGACAAACUACAGGAGGCAGUUGACACCUUCAUGCAGGAUUACGAUAAGAGAAAAGAAGAGGAGGCCGAGCGACAGAAGGAGGAGGCUGAGGAGCAGCUGGAGGAUGAGGAGGGCUGGGUAAAAGUUACCAGGGGUAAAAGCGGGACCAAGGCCCGCCCCCACAGUGAGGUAUCCAAUCAGAAAGCUCUGCAGAAGGAGAGCAGAAAGAGGAAGCGGAAGGAGCUCAUGAACUUCUACACCUGGCAGCACAGAAACACACAGAAAGAAUACAUCGCUGAACUGAGGAAAAAGUUUGAGGAGGACAAACAGCGAAUUGCUUUGCUAAGAGCACAGAGGAAGUUCCGACCUUACUGAAUCAACCGUUUAUUCUGAGAUUCUCCCCACCUUCCUGUUUUGUAAACCACCCAACCAUUGAUGUCAAUAAAUAUCAAUUUAUUUUA